GGCGGCCGCGGCGGCUCGUGGCUGCCUGGGCGCCGGGCUGGUGGCAGCGGGUACCCCGGGUUUGCCGCGCUUCUCCGCCCCACCAUCACUGGCCUUCUGCGUCUCCGCCCGGCGUCACCCACACCUCUCCUUCCGCCUCCUCGCAGCCCUGGCGGUGCAAGGCAUGAAGCUGAGCAAAGCCCAGUACGAUGAGAUAGCCCAGUUCCUGGGGCACGUGCAGCCCACCCGGCAGAGUCUGAGGAAGCUGAAGGAGAAGUUUCCUAGUCAAUCGCAGUCCACUCUGCUGAGCAUCUUCUCCCAGGAGUACCAGAAACAAAUCAAAAGAACACAUGCCAAGCAUCACACUGCUGAAGCUAUCGAAACUUACUACCAAAGGUACCUGAAUGGGGUGAUGAAAAAUGCAGCUGCCCCAGUAUUACUGGACCUGGCCAAUGAGGUGGAUUUUGCCCCAUCCUUGAUGGCUCGUAUUGUGUUGGAAAGAUUUCUGCAAGAAAAAGAACAAGCCAUCCCAGUGACCUGGCUGGCCUUCGGCAAUGAGAUUCAAUGCACAUGGCUCCGCAGUCAAAUCAUCAAAUUUCCCUCCUCCAAAACUCUUAUAAAUAGCAUGCUACGGGACCCUUCUCAGAUUCCAGAUGGAGUGCUAGCAAAUCAAGUCUAUCAGUGUACUGUGAAUGACUGUUGUUAUGGACCACUGGUGGACUGCAUCAAACACGCUAUUGGGCAUGAGCACGAAGUCUUGCUGCGAGAAAUGCUUUUGGAAAAAAAUCUCUCUUUCAUAGCUGAAGAUCAGCUUCGUGCAAAGGGUUAUGACAAAACACCAGACUUUAUUUUAGAAGUGCCAGUAGCUGUGGAAGGACACAUAAUCCACUGGAUUGAAAGCAAAGCCUCAUUUGGUGAUGAAAGUAGCCACCAAGCCCACUUGCAGGACCAGUUUUGGAGCUACUGGAACAGGAAACUAAGGAAGUAAGUUGACCAUUAAUUAAAUAGACACGGGUACUCAAAAAUCAGGAGAAGCAUCUUCCAGAUAGAAGGAAAAAAACAACAAAAGUCACUUUUUCUGGUUGAUCCUCCAAUACAAGAUGGAGAUCCAUAGGUUAAUGUGUUCUGUGCUUGAGUAUCAAAAAGAGAAUGUUUUCUUAAUGGAAGGUAGUGUGGCUGUUUAUUUCUUUAAAAUAAAGAAACACUUUGUUUAGUUUCUUUAACCCAGCAUUGUCAUCUUUGGCUAAUCCAAGUUGAACAGUUUACUUCCUACUCAAGUUUCCACAUAAGUCUAAAACCUAGGAAUGCAAGAGACAGGCAUAUAUAUGCCAAAAAUGUAGAUAGACUGUUAUUUUGUAGGUAGUUGAGAUGGAAGAAAUAUAUGUAUAUAGAUCCAUUUAUUGAUAAAUAAUGAUACAUAAUCUGUGAAAUAGUGAUACAUAAUCUUCAUGGGUACUACAAGCAUCUUUUUAAUAUUAUCAAGUGUAAGAUCUCAGCACUGAUCGGAGAUGAUGGUGGUAAUUAGAAACUGGAUGCCUAGGUCUCCCUGUCAACUUUACUGUAUUAUCAUUCCAUAACAGUCAAAAAGGGUGGAUGGAUUAUGUUUUAUACAAGUCCAGAUUCAUAUGUAAUGUCUGGAGACUAUGUAACUAUCAGUAGAAGAUGGAAUGAAAUAAAUUAAUCUGAUUAAAUGUGGCAUAUGUGAAAAGUCUGUCCAAGCUAGACUAUGUAGUAUUCAACUGCCUUUCCAGCAGCUGGCAAAGCUUGGUACUCAGAUACUUAGAAAUAAUCAAUACACAUACUAUUGGAAACAAUCAACUGCAUUUAGGAACAAUAUUGAUAACUAAAAUGCCAUUUGCUAUUUUUAUUUGGGUUUCUUAUAUUUAGAUUGUAAUUUAACUACCAUCUAAUUAGUUUUAACUUAGUUCAAUUGGAAGUAGUAAUACUGACUUACCUAAUAAGUGACACAUGUCAUAAAGACACAUACAACCUCCUUAUUUCCUCUAGGUCAGUCAUGCUUGAACUAAUGAACUGAAUUUUUGUUUCCCUACGUAUUUUAAGAAAAUGAAUGCAAUUUAAUUUGUCCUUUUCUCCCUUCCUAAAUCAAAACACAGAUAUAAGCUUUUUUUUCCCCUUAGCUGCAUUCUUAACUGUUAAAAUAUCCUAAAGCACUUGAUCACGUUGCAUUUUAAUUUCCAAGUCAUGUGUUGUAUUAGUGAAGUGCACAUGUUCCUGAUUUCAGCUGAAAGUUCUCAGUCUGUUUAGCAGAACACCAGGCUGGCACGAACAAGGUCCUUGCUAGGUCAAAGGCCUGAAGUUUACAUCUUUCUUAAAUCUGACUUUCGUAAAAACGUAGGAAGCACAGGUCAGGGCAACUAGCUGAUGGCAUUGCCUCUUACAGCCACUGAUUAGAUUAGCCCAACAUUUAUCAACUACGCAGAGACUAACACUUAACCUUUUACUGAACAAUUUUGAUGUAUCCUUAUUUUUUAAUGAGGAUGUUAUUGUUCCAAAGUGUCCCUUAAAGCUUUAAUGCAGAUUUUUUUCCUCCCAUUUAACUGACUAACAGGCUUUAAAUGCUUUAUAAUUCAAAGUGUGGUGUGUAUAAUUGUGCUUUGUUUUGAGGGUAGAUGUUGAGUAAUUUUGCCCUGGAACAAUGUUUUUUUAACUAUUAUUAUUGUAUUUGUUCAGUUCUAAGAUUUUGCUUGUAUGUGUUCCAUUUACCUAAAUACCAAGAUGUAAUUUAUAGUUAGCUUGAAUGCUAGUUGUUUUUUUAAUCAAAAUCAUUAACUGGGAAAUAUUUACAAUAAGAUUUAUUGUUAGAAAAUAUGCAGUAACUGACUACUGUGGGUUUACCUAUUGUCUGCUAAUCAUAUUGGACCCUAAUCACCUGAGUUUUGAAAACUAAUUCACAUCUUUACCAGGAGACAAGUUGCCUGUGAUUCCACAUCUUGCAAUCUGAAUUCAAGGUUUUACUUCCAUGUUGGAAUUUGGGGCCUAUAAGUGAUAUAUUUUGUCAGUUACAAGUGUGACCAUCUCACCAGAGAACUAAUCUAAGCCUGAAUUCACAGAUUGAUUGGAAUAGUUGCAGCUCUUGCUGUGAGAAGACUGUGGCUUAGUUUUGUAAAUCCUGAGAAGUUAUUGAGUAGCUGGAAAACAGGACCUAUUACAAGACUUUGAUUCCAUGCAUGCUACUUUGUGUUGCAGUCAGCAAGUGCAAAUAGAUUUCCAUAGGACCCCACAUCAAGAGUAUGAGUUAGGUACCAGGGACUUCAUGAGCACAUGGGAGUGUGUGACCACAUUUCUCUACCAUUUACUGAAGUGCAUUGAUAACCAUAAGGAGGACCGUCAGCAGGCUAGAAUAAUAUUUGCUGCUUCUCCUGCUUAGAAAGAAGUAUAAAAGCUACAAUCUGAACAAUUACUAUCCCUCAUUACUCCCUAAGUAUGUGGAAUGGGAAUUUUUACAGAGGCCCAAUUUCAUAAAAGUUUGGUGUUGGGCAUUGGUCUAGCAACAUUAUUGUCGCCUUCCUAUGUUUAUGUGAUGUCAGUAAAGAAAGGCUCAGACCCAUGAAAUUAAGACUCAGACUCAUGAAAACUAGAAAAUGUACUGUUUGGUUUCUCUUUUGAAAAAUUGAGUUUGUAAACAGGACAGAGAACACUUGAUGUAUCCUG